CACACAAAACAAAAACAAUUCGUUCCGGGUGAUGGAUGUUAGGUAGACAAAUCACGAGGAGAAGCCGAGAAGAUGGGGGUAGCCCCAUCCGAUCGUCAAAUUGCUAUCCAGAAGUAAAGCCACCGUACGUUCCAACGGCAUGUCAAUUUUUUUCCCGCUAUUUAAUAGCGCCAAUCGUCUGUUCCUUCCUCUCUUAAGUCCUACACUCCAAUCCAGGAGAGACGUUUCUGAAUUCACUGUGAGAACCCGAGAGAAAUGGCCGAGCAAGCAGUUGAAGCCGUGGAGGACAAGUGCAUUUACAAGAACGCCGGGGAGCCGAUCGAGGCCAGGAUCAAGGACUUGCUCUCGCGAAUGACGUUGAAGGAGAAGAUCGGUCAGAUGACUCAGAUCGAGCGCGCCGUCGCCACUCCUUCCGCCAUACGGGACCUCUCUAUCGGUAGUGUACUAAGUGGUGGUGGAAGUUUGCCGUUUGAGAAAGCGAAGUCGUCCGAUUGGGCGGACAUGGUGGACGGAUUUCAGAAGGCCGCGCUGCAGUCGCGCCUCGGCAUUCCACUGAUCUACGGCAUUGACGCUGUUCAUGGCAACAACAAUGUCUACGGUGCCACAAUUUUUCCCCAUAAUAUCGGCCUUGGAGCCACCAGAGAUGCGGAUUUGGCAUACAGGAUAGGGGUCGCGACCGCUCUUGAAGUCAGGGCUAGUGGCGUUCAAUAUGUUUUUGCUCCUUGUGUGGCUGUAUGCAGAGAUCCCAGAUGGGGAAGAACCUAUGAGUGUUAUAGUGAAGACACAGAAAUUGUUAAAAAGAUGACUUCCAUUGUAUCAGGAUUGCAGGGGCAGCCACCUAAAGGACAUCCAGGCAACUACCCUUUUGUGGCUGGAAGAAAUAAAGUUGUUGCAUGUGCCAAACAUUUCGUUGGUGAUGGAGGUACAGACAAGGGUAUAAAUGAGGGGAAUACAAUAGCAACUUAUGAUGAUUUAGAGAGGAUCCAUAUGGCUCCAUAUCUGGACUGUAUUUCUCAGGGUGUUUGCACUGUUAUGGCAUCAUACACAAGUUGGAAUGGGACCAGAAUGCAUUCUCACCAUUUUCUCCUCACUGAAGUCUUGAAAGAAAAGCUGGGAUUUAAGGGUUUUGUGAUUUCAGACUGGGAGGCACUUGAUAGGCUUUCAAAUCCUCGAGGCUCCAACUAUCGGAAUUGCAUUGCUUCUGCUGUCAAUUCAGGAAUUGAUAUGGUGAUGGUGCCCUUUAGAUAUGAAUUAUUUUUUGAAGACAUGAAGCACCUGGUGGAAUCAGGAGUGAUACCGAUGGCCAGGGUUGAUGAUGCUGUUGAAAGAAUUCUAAGAGUGAAAUUUGUUGCUGGGCUUUUUGAAUAUCCCAUGGCUGAUAGGUCUCUGCUGGAUACAGUUGGUUGUAAGUUGCACAGAGAACUAGCCCGUGAAGCAGUUCGCAAGUCCUUGGUCCUGCUAAAGAAUGGAAAGGAUCCAAGAAGACCAUUUCUUCCAUUAGAUAGGAAUUCUAAGAAGAUUCUGGUUGCUGGAACACAUGCUGAUGAUCUUGGAUAUCAGUGUGGAGGGUGGACUGCUACUUGGGCUGGGACCAGUGGAAGAAUUACAAUUGGCACAACCAUUCUGGAUGCCAUUAAAGAAGCAGUGGGAAACAAAACCGAAGUGGUGUUUGAGCAAAAUCCAUCACCAGACACCUUUACCGGUCAAGAUUUCCAUUUUGCCAUUGUCGCUGUGGGGGAAGAACCAUAUGUAGAAUCUGGGGGUGACAACGCUGAGCUGAUAAUUCCCUUCAAUGGAGCCGAACUUAUUAGCACAGUUGCCGACAGAGUUCCCACACUGGCGAUUCUCAUCGCUGGAAGGCCCUUACUUGUUGAACCCUGGCUUUUGGAAAAGGUAGAUGCCCUGGUUGCUGCUUGGUUGCCUGGCAGUGAAGGAAAUGGAAUAACAGAUGUUAUAUUUGGAGAUUAUGAGUUCCAAGGCCGACUUCCAAUGACCUGGUUUAGAAGUGUUAACCAACUCCCUGUUCAUGCAGGGGAAAGCUCCUUAGACCCCCUGUUUCCCCUUGGCUUUGGCUUAACAAGCAACAACAAGAAGCUUCCAAACUGAACCACCAGGAAAGGCAGAUAUGGGAGGCAGCUCAUCAAGUUUUCAUGUGUGCAAAUAACCAGUCUAUUCUCAUCAUUGCACGUUUGCAUUCACCCAUUAUGAAAACCCUUCUAAAUAAGAGCAGCCACCUGUCUGUCAUCAAUGUUACCACUGUACGGUGGCUUAUCUGAGGGUUUUGUACAGCUUAUUCAUGGAAUGCUGAGUGAGACCACUCAUUUUGCCAA